CAAAUCAUAAAAUAAAAAUCGAUUCUUUCGAGAAUUGAAAAAAAAAAAUUACGGUUGGAAAAGUUGGGUUGCUAAAUCUUACCGGUCUCUCGCCUCUCUUUUCAUCUGAUUCCACAGUGACAUGAACAACAACGCCACGCGUCUAUUCCUCUUCUUGAUUCUUUCCCACGAAACCCUUUCACCAUUUCGUCCUAAGCCAGAAGAAAUCGAGCGACUUUGGGGCUCUCGGUGAUGUUUUCGUUGAUGGGUUUCGUUUUCGUGUCCGGGUUUGUGCUGGGGAUUCUCGCGAUCGUGGCGGCGGAAGCGGCGGGCCUCGUUUAUCUGGUGAGGCGAUUGAGUCGGAGAAAAGAUCUGUCGGAAUCAAAUCUCGAUCCCGGUCAAUCUUUCAAGGAUCUCGAUCCUCGCCAGUCCGUCGAUUUCUGUCUGAACAAACAGGGAGCGAUCUGGGUUUUGGAGUUCGAUGAAAGUUUGAAGAAGUGGACGAAUGACAAGUUACCGAAAGAGCAAAAGAGAAGGAAAGACUUUGUAGAAGUACAUCCUGUUCGAAGAUUUGCCCGUAUCAAGGAGCACAAGCUUAUCUUGUCAGAUGCUGACGGCUCUCAGACUACUGUUCCUUUGAAAGGCUGCUCUGUCGAGGCCGUUUCAGCGACUGGGCUCCAGUCCCGAAAAUGGGCUAAAAAAUUUCCUAUAAAAGUUGAAAGUAAGACUUCAGCCUUAUACAAGGGAAGCCAGAUGUUCUGUAUCUAUCUCGAGACUUCAUGGGAGAAGGAGGCAUGGUGUAAAGCCCUUCGUCUUGCUGCUUGCGAGGAUCAGGAAAGGCUUGUUUGGUUCGGCAAAUUGAAAAACGAGUUCCGUGAUUACCUGAAUUCACUCAAUGCUGCAUAUCCUUCGUUUAUGAAACCAUCAGUCGGGUUCAGUGUUGAAUCAUUGGACAAGGGGAAUAAGACCGAUGGUUCUUCAUCAAAGGUCCGUCUUUUCUUGAAGAAAUUUCAAAGGAAGUACUCAAAUAAGACAAAUUUGCCGAACCCGUCAAGCCGCGAAGAUCGAAAGGCCUCUGUCCGUCCUAAUCAAGAUUAUCAAUCUGGUUCCGGUUCGGGAAAGAGUAUACCCACAAAGAAGACACCGGAUAAUACGGCAGAGGAAACUGAUGUGCCGAUCUUCUCACGUUCUGGAAGCCAUAGCAGUCAUAUUUCUGGUGUUUCUGAGGUUGAUUCCGAAGACAAGUUUUAUGCCGAUGAGGGAACAUUGGCAUGGAAUUUGCUAAUCGCGAGGCUAUUUUUCGAUGGCAAGCAUUAUUCCGGGUUGAAGAACUCAUUGCAAUCACGGAUUCAGCGGACUUUAUCCAACAUGAGGACUCCGAGCUACGUGGGGGAAAUAAUCUGCUGCGGCGUAGACACGGGAAAUCUCCCGCCUUAUAUACACGGUGUAAGGGUUCUUCCGAUGGAGAUGAAUCAGGUGUGGGCGUUUGAGCUUGAUGUCGAAUACUGCGGUGGAGCAGUUCUUGAUGUCGAGACACGUGUCGAAGCCCGUGACAUGGAACUGCAGAAGGGAAUGCAGGGAUCUGUAGAGGAUGUCUCCCCGGAAAUCCUCCUCGAGGGUCUCGAAGAUUUCGAAAAGGAGUUAGGUAUCCCCGUAGAAACUGUCGUUGCGCAAGAGCUGAAGGUCGGUGACACCAAAUCAGACGGAGAAUCCAAAGGCUCAAAGGGUUCGAAAGCAGCUCCGAAUAAUGUCUCUAGGUGGAAAUCUAUCCUUAAGAACAUCGCUGAUCAAGUUUCCCAGGUUCCUAUCUCGUUGUCAAUUAGGGUUUCCUCGCUUCGAGGAACGUUGCGGGUACAUAUAAAGCCGCCUCCUUCAGACCAGUUAUGGCUUGGUUUCACAAGCAUGCCCGACAUACAAUUCGAUCUCGCUUCUUCUGUCGGGGAACACAAGAUCACCAGCAGCCAUGUCGCCUUGUUCUUGAUCAGCCGAUUCAAGGCAGCUAUACGGGAAUCUAUGGUACUUCCGAACUGCGAGAACGUAGCCAUUCCAUGGAUGUUAGCCGAAAAGGACGACUGGGUCGAUCGCAAAGUCGCUCCUUUCAUGUGGCUGAAUCAAGAAACCGGAAGUGAUCGUGAUAGCUUCGAAGCUGCGGAGAUGAAACUCAAAGCCGAAUUUAACAAGGCGGCAGCAUCAGCAUCGGGAGCUUCCCCGAAUCUUCAAGCCGAGCAAACGCAGAAGGUCGCGAAUGUCGCAGAAGCGGCAUCAUCGGAUUCUACUGCUAUGGUUAUACGUGACGACAGAUCCUUGGAUGAACUGAAGACUCCGUUACUCGGAAGCAGCGGCGAGAAGGACGAGACAACGAAAGGACGAGAGAGUAUGGGGGAAAUCUCGAGUCAUCCAUCGCCGUCUAGGUCGAGCGAGGAGGAUGAAUCGAGGUUGAAGAAGGUUGGAAGACGAGCGAGGAUGCUCGAUCUCGGCAAGAAGAUGGGGGAGAAGCUGGAAGAGAAGAGACGGCACAUAGAAGAAAAGAGCAGGCACAUCGUCGAGAAGAUGAGAGGACCUCAGUGAUGAACACCGAAAAGGUUCCAGAUUUAGGGAUACGACCAAAAACUGAUUAGAAAUCGGUACUGUCGGUACAUGUACAGUUCAUUUGAGUUACCCAUUUAUCAUUUGUUUGGUAAUGACCACUUCACGUUAGCAGUUUCAGAGUCUUAUUCUUU